AUGGCACACGAAUCACCAGAAUUGUAUUGUCCACACAAGCUCCCAAAAGAAAAGAUAAAAGCGUAUAGUCCGUUUUGUGGCGAUGGGCUCAUGGGAUGGAAUCAUGUGAGUGGAGGAGGGCCACUUGUGGAGUACGAAAGAAGAAUUGCUGCUGGUGAGCUUGUGGAUGGUGACAGCUGCCAGGUGGGAACAUUAAGAGAGCUUCAGAGGCUUUAUGAUGAGCUUGUUGAGUCGGCUGAUGCCUGUAAAUUGGAUCGCUAUACUGCUUCAGACAAAUCUGGAAGGAGUAGGUGGUUGUGGUCGCGUUUCAUGCCACUUUCUUCGUAUUCACCGGUCAAAGGACUAUACCUUUAUGGAGGAGUGGGCACGGGAAAGACUAUGCUAAUGGACUUGUUCUUUGAUCAAUUGCCAGCCAAUUGGAGGAAAAAGAGGAUCCAUUUUCAUGACUUCAUGUUGAAUGUCCAUAGUCGCUUGCAAAGACACAAGGGUGUUGCAGAUCCACUUGAAGUUGUGGCUGGAGAGAUAUCUGAUGAUGCUAUUUUAUUAUGUCUAGAUGAAUUUAUGGUAACUGAUGUUGCUGAUGCAUUGAUCCUUAACCGUCUUUUUGGACAUUUAUUCAGCAAUGGUGUUAUUCUUGUAGCGACUUCAAAUCGUGCUCCAGAUAACCUCUAUGAGCGUGGAUUACAGAGGGAUCUUUUUCUACCCUUCAUUGCGACUUUGAAGGAAAGAUGUGUGGUUCGUGAAAUUGGUUCAGAAGUGGAUUAUCGGAAGAUGACUUCGGCUGAACAAGGUUUCUACUUCAUUGGUCAAGAGUCAUCUAACCUCCUUAUGCAAAAGUUUCAACAAUUGAUUGGGGAACAAACAGCUAGCCCACAAGAGGUGGAAGUCGUAAUGGGAAGAACAUUGCAGGUCCCACUGGGUGCCAAUGGAUGUGCAUAUUUUCCUUUUGAGGAACUUUGUGACAAACCGCUUGGCGCUGCAGACUAUUUUGGAUUAUUCAGGACUCAUAGUUGGGACAUGGAUAUGUCAAAUGCAGUUAAGUUUGGCAUUUCAGAUUGGAAAAAUAAACUAGACAUGGUUUGGACCUUAGAACUCAAAGUUUACUGA